AUGAAGGCUAGAGACUAUUGCUGCUGCGCGAUUCCAACCGUCAAUGCCGGGGUUUACGCAGUCCUCACCGAACAAUUCUCAUUAGGUAUAAUUGCUGGGACAUUAGCCAUUGCCACGCCUUCGAUCGUGGGUGCUGCGACGCCGUCCUACGCCUCGUGGAUAUUUGCCAUCAUCUGUUAUGUGGGUGCUGGCAUCCAGCUUUUCGGUUUCAUGGGCGUCGCUAGGGAGAAGCCUAUUGUCUUCCGCCGCUAUGUCACACUCCACAUCAUGAUCACAGUUGCUGCGUUCUCGGUCGCAGCCGUCUGGAUUGCUCUGUCCGCAAGCCGCCAUGGAUCUUCCAAAACAAAGUGUAUCUCGAGGUUCUUCUCCUCUGGAGGUGCUGCCAGUGAUCAGUUAUGCGAAAUCUUCCCAUGGGUGGAUGUCGGUAUCAUGGGUGGUCUUUGGCUCCUUUUGGCCAUUUCGCAGUUCUAUUUCUACACUGUUAUCUCAGGGUACGGCGCUGGUCAGCGUGAAGACCACGGAAAGUAUGAUUCGAUAUACUCCGUCAAGCCACUCAACAACAGCAUACCAAUGACGAACCGUAAUGAUCCCUGGGACUCACGCGACUCUUUUGAUGCCUCGAGACUGCGUAACGGGCAUAUGAGACAAGAAAGCGCCGCUAGUGACACCGCUAUGCUUAGUGGGCCUUAUGGGCAACCCUUUCCCGACAGCCCUUCUUAUCCUUCAGGCGUAUACACUCAAGACCCUCAACCCACUCCCCAAUACAACCCUUAUAACGACCCGUACUACUCUCACCCAGGUGGACUCAACAAGCCCGAACAAGUCCAAGCUCAUCCCGGUCAGUAA